AUGUCAACGGCCCCGCUGGCUCUUGCAAUCUUGUUAGCAAAGGUUAUUUUAUCUCGAACGGACUGUGAUUUGCCAAGUGAAAUAAAUACAUUAGAGACAGGUUCCGCGAAAUCGGUUUUUACUUUGCAAAUUCAACAAAUCCGGACCACGGAAGCGACGCCAACGGGCUCAGCCGGAAACAAUCUAAAUGUCUUCGAGGCCAACGUACUAAGUAACUCUCUAGAUGUACAAGAAGAAAAUUUCCGAGCAAUCUCGACAUUUCUUCCGAUUGGGGAAACGAAUGUCGGUAAAAAAAUAAAAAGUGAUCAAGAUGGGGGAACCAGCAAAUUGCGCUCAUCUGAAGGAAAUUUCUUAGAAAGGCAAAGCGCUUUGGAAAAUGAGAAAGCCUAUAACUUGAAACAGCCUAUGAACUUAGUCUGGGACAAUUGUUAUGACACUACAUAUAGAGACUAUAAGAGUAGAGAAACCUCAGAUAUUAACGCAAGGACAUACUCUGAUGUCAAUUACUCGAAAAAUAUGGAAAUAGAAAAUAUUAAAGGUAUAGGCAAUGUUUUGAACAAAAGAAAUUCUUUAAAUUCAAGUGGUACAUCUGCUUUGAGAGCUUGGUUGGAAAAAUACAAUAUAUUUAAGUCUGCUAGAAGCGAUGAACUACUUACAACAUUGGAAAUUACUGAAAUAUUCACAACAAUAACCCCACCUUUGGAAACAUCGACUGUAACUAUUGAGGUACCAAUUAUACCAAUUACGGAAGAUUUAUCGAAUGACUUUACAGAUCCAAUUAAUAUUACGUUAGAAAUUGCAACGGAAAAUACAAUAAAUAGUGUUGAAGACACAGAUUUAGACGAAUUUCAUACAACAAAAGAUAGGAAAAAAAUAACAUUUACCAGUUUGCCUCAAACACAAACAUAUUUAUUACCAAAAUUCAAGCUGGAAGAUGGAUUUCAUCCUUUCACUUUCAUGUCAAAGUUUUUCUCUGUGAUUAAUUUUUUUGACUAUCCAAUUGGUCCAGUCAAGGACAUUGUGGUGGGCAAAUCCUCCUUUCCGUUUUCAUUUUUAAAGUCCAUCAGAGUGGAAUCUACGUUUUUGGUAUUUAUUAUAAUUUUUGGAGUGUUGGCUUUUAUUAUUCCUAUUUAUCUUUUUAUAAUAAGCCUAAUAUCGUUAUUUUCAAAAUCAAAAUGCACUGACGAAAUUGAAUCUGGAACUUUAUUCUUAGAGCCGGAUAGACCAGACUGUCAUGAUAAAAUUCUGGUCACGUUUACAUUUUUAUUUCUGCUAAUAUGUUGCUUCUUAAUAUCGGGUAUGGUUUUAAGCAACGAACAAUCUCGUAUGGCAGUAGCAGAAAGUCGGAAUAUAUUGAGCUGCGCGUGCGCAGAUAUAGCAUCCUGGCUUUCCUCUGCAGCACAGGAGUUGCAUCUAAGCUUAGUGCCACCAGUGGACAUGGUAUACUAUGCUUAUAAGGAAGACUUGAGAGAUGCUGAAGCCCUUCUUGGGGAGCCCAUACAACAAGCAAUAGUUUCAGAGAGCGGCAUUGACCUGGUUCUAGACUCUUUGGCAGAUAUUAUUACAGAAAGCGAGGAUUUGUCUACAAAAAUUUCUUCACUACGCGAUAUCUGCAUAAAAGCUGGUCUAUUAGCAACUAGUACAUCUGAUAAAAUAAAAGAUUUGACAAUACAAUUGGACAGUUUAAAAAGAAACUGUAUUGUAAAGGAUGCUCCUCUGUGUGAUACACUUAAUACAAAUUCCUUCCAUGUUAUGAUGAAAUUUGACUCCAUACUACAAGAGCAUCAACUUUUAGAAUUAAAAAAUUUAGGCGUAGUAAACCUUACUCAAGCGAUAUUCAUAGCUAAAAAAGAAAUCCGAACUCUACCAUCCGCUAUAUUUUCUCAAACAGAACGUAUUAGAACUGAAAUUCUCCGAGACAUAGAAUACCGUAGACAAAGAGUCCACAACUCGGCUCGCGUACUAAACGAUAUUGUGCGACACCUGUCUGUGUCGUUACACACUCUCGUGAGAAACAUGGACACCGGCUUGGACAGAUUCCACAAGUACGAACUUUGGAGAUGGAGUAUUAUUUUAGGGUGUAAUGCAAUCCUCAGUUUCGUGAUGAUACUCAUUUUAUUUGCGAUGUUUUGCGGAUGCGGAAACGCUAAAAUACAUGCGAAAAGGACAUUACAAGUAUCCUCUUUCUGCAUUUGUAUUUUCUCUAUUAUUUUAUGGACUGUGGUUUCUGCUACUUUUCUCAUCGCUGGACAUGCAGAGAUUUACGUUUGCCAAAUUUUAUGGGAUUCAAAACAGUAUAACGGUUUGUCGAUGCUUUUAGACAGACCAUCGCCCUUAUUAUCAGAUAACGAAGGAAUUUUCGACGUUUUGUUCAAAGAUCUACACAAUGUAACAAUCGAAGUGCCUGUCAAAGAUGUUUUAAGAGAAUGUCAAAGGAACGAGCCGGCAUACAUCGUGUUCCAGCUGGACAAAAUAUUAGAUGUUAACAAAGAAACGUCUUAUUUUGAAUGGGAUGAGUUACAAGACGACUUGAAGAGACUGUCGACGACCAUUGACGUUGGCUUUCUAAAAACAAUAUCAGACAGCUUCAAUAAGUUUCUGAAUAGAAUACUUGUUGUGUCUGACGUCAAUUUAACGAGAUACAGAAUGGAAUACAAUGGUCCAGUAGUCGGAAAAGAUCUGCCAUCUUUUGUGGAUCAAUUGGAAAAUGUCGCCGCUCAAGUAACGGACUCAAGUACUGCUGGCAGGUUAGAAACAUUAGCAACAAGAACCCGACGACUGCAUCAAUCCAACAUUAAGCCGCUCGAACAGCUGAGGACGGAACUAGUCUUCAAGUUGACGGAGCUAGAACUUCAAAUGAUGCCUUUCAGGAGAAAAUUAAAUAUCUCCUUAAGUCACAUUCACACUGCACAGUUCUAUAUCGACAACCAGGGAGAGGUCAUUGCUCAAAAGAAAGUAUCGACGUUUAUAUCUCGCUUGAUCUCGCAUACUGCGGGAUGGCGCACCCACGUGCUGGACGCGGCUAGCCAACGCGCGGGUAAAUGUGGCCCGCUCUUCGCAGUCUUUGCUGCCCUUAGAUCUCUCGUGUGCACUCAGUAUGUUUCUGCCUUGCACGGCUGGUGGUUUUGCGGAUUCCUUUUAGGCUUUGUGUGGUGUACGAUUUUUACACCGCUGUGUGUGAAGCUAUGGAGGGCCUACAGUAAGAAGCUUAGAGCUUUGGAACCGUUAUCACUGGCCAGCAUAGGGAACCCGGAACACCUGCAACUGCACCCUGCGACGACACCAACUGGAACACACCAGGACCACCACCGCCACCUAGAAACGACAGUUGGUGAUUAUUCAUUUACUUAUAUGGAAAGUGGAUCAGAUAUUGAUUCAAAUAAAAGUAUUGAAGUGGAUAGAAUGUUACAUUCUAGCACAAAAUUGUACGAUAAUAUGACGAAAUGGCCC